CCACCCCUCUGCCACCCAGGAUGCGCACCAAGCCCCAAAGGUACCGUAAUGAAGAGAACGACUCUUCUACAUGUAAGCCGCCUUGCCUGGAGAAAGUGCCGGGAAGUGGCUGUUUGUCUCCUCCAAAGCCAGACGCGCCCCACUGCACUGCCACAUGCUCCUCCUCCUCCUCCACAGGCCAGGCCGCUGCUGCUGAAAGCCAGGGCCCAGAUAACGGGCCAGAACCUGAGGUUUGUCCUCAGCCCCAAGUGGAGCCCCCCACAGCCACGGAGCACGGUGACCCCAAGGCGGAGCCGGAGGAGCAGGGGGGGCAGGAGGAGAGGCGGGAGACGCGUGGCAGCAAGGCUGGCAACCUUGUCGUUUUCAUGAACCUUAACCCCGGCCAGCCGGACUCCUCUAAUACCUCUAUGUGCAGCGUUGAUAGUGCAGACGACUUAAAGUCCUCGGACUCAGAGUGUAGCUCUACGGAGAGCUUUAACUUUCCCCCUCCCGGUCGCCCCUCGCCCCCUGUCCCCGGCACGUCCUCAGCGGUCGCUGAGCCGUCGCCUGCCCCUACGGAAGAGAAAAAGCCCUGUAAAUCUCAGAAAGUGUUUUCUAAAAAUGUGUCUAAGUGUGUCUCUCUGGAGGGCAGGACCAUUUGCGUAGGGGACAUUGUUUGGGCCAAAAUAUAUGGUUUUCCCUGGUGGCCAGCCCGCGUCUUAGGCAUCCAGAUCAGUCGUAAAGAUAAUGGGCUCUUAGUCAGGCAGGAGGCCCGUGUCGCCUGGUUUGGUUCACCCACCACCUCCUUCCUGGCUCUUGCACAGGUCGCCCCCUUUCUAGAAAGCUUCCAGUCACGCUUUGACAAGAAGAGAAAGGGCUUGUACCGUAAAGCCAUCACAGAGGCAGCCAAGGCUGCCAAGCAGCUCACUCCCGAGGUUCGCGCCUUGCUUACACAAUUCGAGACGUGAGGUACACCACGCUUUGGGGGAAAAGGAAAGCGCUGCAACGCUGAAGGGCUGCUGACGGGCCUUGACUCCUAACACCGCCAUUGGUUGCUAGACUGUCGAACGGAAGGACGUGUCCAGAAUUGAUGGAGACAUGUCAUGGACAUAAUUAUUUUUUAUUUAAGUAUCGGAAAGAAGGAACAUUUAUAUAUUUAUAAUGGAAAGCAGACCUAUUCCUCCAGGCCUAUCCAUCUGAUUUGUUUUGAGCAGGGCGUCCAUUUCCUCUUCGUUUUUGAGUGGAGACUUCUGCAGUAGACAAGCACACGUGGGUCCUCUGACUGUUAUUGGUAUCUAUUACAGACGUUGUGACAGCACUUUGCAGGGUUUUAUAGUAGGUUGAUCAGUGAUCUUGAAAUGCAAAGACAGAGAGCUUUGGGCCAGUAACAGGUCGCUUGUUCGAAUCUCUUGAGGCGACUAGGUGAAAAAUCUUAUCGAUGUGCCCUUGAGCAAGGCACUUAAGCCGACGAA